GGAUUUGUUUACGAAAUUAAAAUGAAUACUCAAACAGAUAAGGUACUUAUAGCCAAGGAGGCGUUAGUGCUGGCCCUAGGUGAAAAUUGGGAGCGCUACAGAGCCAACCUGAAGAACUGGUUUCGCAACCGAUGCUCCAAGGAGGAAUUCGACAGCGAGUCUCGAAAAAUAAUUUCUCACAGCAAUAUACAUUUUCAUAAUGAGUUUCUGCUCGCACUGCUCAAUAAAAUCGAUGCAUUUGCACAGCCCGAUACCACGCUACAAGCUCCGGGAACACUUACUGCCAGCUACUCAGGAGGCAGUCGAAAUAGCAGCGGCGGCAGCAGCAGGAAACGAAAUAAACGCAGCUCCCGUACCUAUGCAGAUCGGAUUACCUUUGAACUGUGCGAUGUGCUGGAGUACGUGGCUGAAGACAACAUGCAGCUUAUACGACCGCCCACACUCAGCGGCGGUGACCAAACGUUGCAGCAACAGCUUCCCACCCAAAGGUAUUGCGCCCAGGAACUGUUUCUUCCUGAUGCUGGCUUCAUCAUGGGUCGGUUUUUAAUCGGCGCCUGGGAAAUCGGUCUAGUCUCUGUAGAUGAUAAUGUGGCUGAGUAUGUCGCAAUGGCUGUGCAAGUGCUACUCAAAGAUUUACUCGCUGCCAUCAUUAAAAAACGCAAGCAUUAUAAAACCAGUGGCGAGGGCAAUUAUUACUACGAUGUUGGUGCCCAGCUGCGCGAUCCGUCGCUUCGCAAUACUGUGACCCGCCAGAAAGUAGACGAUGCCCCACUAGAAUUGGAUAAGGAGCUCAAUACAGCCAACUUUAUGAGACGGCAAAACGAUGAUGUUGUCUUUCUGUCCGCCUGCGAGCAAGUGUAUCCAAGCGAGCGCACCAUAAUCACGCUUAAGGAUUGCCAAAAUGCAUUUCGGGAUCGUAAUCUUAUUGGCUCACACGCAGUACAAUCUAUAAACAUGGAGCGUUUGAACGCAAUGAUGCACUGAUAAACAUACUAGUAUUAACAUUAAGUAAAGGAAUACAUAUAUUUAUAAUUAAAGUUGCUUUUCAGACCUAUAAUAUUGUUAAUUUGAUGAAUUAACUGAAAUUAAGGUUAAGCAACUCAGAAACCAAAAGGUCAAAUGACAAAGGAGGAACAAGAAAUUAAUGCUACUGUAUAUACGGACAUGGCUAUACAGAAUCGUCAUACUGAUCAAAAUAUAUACAUAUGUAUGUAUAUACUUUGGGAGGGGUUUGCCACGCCUCCUUCUGUGUGUUACCUUUCGACAAAAGUAGUAUACCCUUUUAACCUUUAUGUAAAGGGUAUAAAAGGAAAUACAGCUCUCCGAUAGUAUUAUGCAGUUUAAAAAAAAACACUUGACUGUUUUAUUGCAGAUGAAGAUGUACCUAAAUAUAAUCCUUUGUUCAGCUUCUCGCAUAAUUGUCAUUCAGUACCCAGAUCCUCAUAAUAAGUACCU